CUGUUAAACAAUAAUAAAUUAUACAUACUCAUUAUGUCUGUAAGUCGGAUUAUCCGGCUGCCGCCCCUGCCUAGCAUCAGGGAUUUAAUUAAACUAUAUAAACUACGUGCUAUGAAAGAACUUUCUCAAAAUUUUUUAAUGGAACCAAGAUUAAUUAGCCGCAUUGUCAGAUCUGCAGGAUCCUUUAAGGACUGUGAAGUAUGUGAGGUUGGCCCUGGUCCUGGCAACAUAACAAGAUCAAUCAUUCAAAACAUGCCCUCUAGGGUACUGAUAAUUGAAAAAGACAAACGAUUUACACCAUCCCUAGAGCUGUUGGCUGAAUCAUCACCAGUACCAUUAGAGUUAAUAUUUGGGGAUGUAAUGAAUUUUAAUUUAGAACAAAUGUUCAAUGAAGACAAUAAAAUGGAAUGGGAAGAUAAAUGUCCACAAAUUCAUCUUAUUGGAAAUUUGCCAUUUAACGUAUCUACACCACUUAUUAUACGAUGGUUAAAAGCUAUAUCGGAAAGGAAAAGUGCAUGGAGGUAUGGUCGAGUACGCAUGACAUUGACAUUUCAAAAAGAAGUUGCUGAAAGAAUGGCAGCUCCAAUAAUGACUAGAGAAAGAAGUAGGCUCUCGGUUAUGUGUCAAAAUUGGUGUAGGGUUGAACAUAAAUUUAAUAUUCCAGGUAAAAUUACUAUAAUAUUGUUCUAUUUAAUGUAAGAUACUCACUAUUUC